GGCCGGGCCGCCGCGUCCCCCGCGUAGCCGCCCGCGUCCUCGCCUCGCCGCUGCGGCGCUGAGGGCCGGCGGCCGGCGGCAUGGAGCGCCGUCGGAUGAACCUGCCCUCGGGGCCGGACACGCUGUGCUUCGACAAGGACGAGUUCAUGAAGGAGGAUUUCGACGUUGAUCACUUUGUGUCAGACUGUAGGAAACGGGUACAGUUGGAAGAGCUGAGAGAUGACCUGGAACUAUACUACAAGCUGCUUAAAACAGCCAUGGUGGAGCUGAUCAACAAGGACUAUGCAGACUUUGUUAACCUCUCCACAAACUUGGUUGGCAUGGACAAGGCCCUUAACCAGCUUUCUGUGCCUCUGGGACAAUUACGAGAAGAGGUUCUGAGUCUUAGAUCAUCUGUCAGUGAAGGAAUUCGGGCCGUAGAUGAACGAAUGUCUAAACAAGAAGACAUUCGGAAAAAAAAGAUGUGUGUGUUGAGGCUUAUACAAGUUAUUCGAUCAGUUGAGAAAAUUGAAAAAAUAUUAAAUUCUCAAGGUUCUAAAGAAACAACUACACUAGAAGCAAGCAGCCCACUCUUGACAGGUCAGAUUUUGGAGAGGAUUGCCACAGAGUUUAACCAGCUGCAGUUUCAUGCUGUACAGAGCAAGGGCAUGCCGCUUUUGGACAAAGUAAGACCGCGCAUAGCUGGCAUCACAGCUGUGUUGCAGCAGUCCCUGGAGGGCCUCCUACUGGAAGGCCUGCAGACCUCCAGCGUGGACAUCAUACGGCACUGCCUGCGGACCUACGCCACCAUCGAUAAGACACGCGAUGCAGAGGCCUUGGUUGGUCAGGUCCUGGUGAAGCCAUAUGUUGAUGAGGUGAUCAGUGGACACUUUGCUGAGUCCCAGCCCGGGGGCCUUCAGCUCAUGUAUGAUAAACUCCUGGAAUUUGUCCCUCACCACUGCCGCCUUCUCCGGGAGGUCACAGGAGGAGCCGUCUCCAGUGAGAAAGGCACCGUUGUUCCUGGAUAUGACUUCUUGGUGAAUUCUGUCUGGCCAGAAGUGGUUCGAGGACUGGAGGAAAAGCUGCCUUCCCUCUUCAAUCCUGGGGAUCCCGAUGUAUUUCACGAGAAAUAUACCAUCAGCAUGGAUUUUGUCAGAGGAUUUGAGCAACAGUGCGGAUCCCAAGCCAGUGUGAAGAGACUCCGGGCACACCCCGCCUAUCACAGCUUUAGUAACAAGUGGAACCUUCCCGUGUAUUUUCAGAUACGGUUCAGAGAAGUGGCAGGAUCCUUAGAGGCAGCAUUCGUGGACGGGCUGGCAGAUGCUCCAGCUGGGAGUCCAUACUGCCUUUUGGCCUCUCACAGAACAUGGAGCAGCCUGAGGAAGUGCUGGUCAGACAAGAUGUUUCUGCCCUUGCUGGCACACCGCUUGUGGAGGCUCACCCUGCAGAUUUUGGCACGGUUUUCUGUGUUCAUCGAGGAGCUUUCUCUCAGGCCCAUCUCUAAUGAAAUUGGCAAGGAGGUCAAAAAGCCUCCAGGAAUCAGCAGCAAAGAUCCUUCCAAUGCCCAAGGAGCUGGGGAGGAGCAAGGAAAUGGUCUGUCAGAUAUGAAGCCACCAGGGUCCAUCUCUAGCACCCAGCUCGUAUAUGUGGUUGCAGACCUACACAGGCUUCAGGGGCAGCUGCCAGAACUCUUGGAAAUAAUCAAGCCAAAACUUGAAAUGAUUGGAUUUGAUAAUUUUUCUUCUAUCUCAGCGGCCCUGGAGGACUCACAGAGCGCCUUGUCAGCCUGCGUGCCAGCCGUGAGCAGCAAGAUAGUGCAGGACUUGAGCGAGUCUUGCUUCAGCUGCCUGAAAAGUGCGCAGGAGGUUCCCAGGCUUUACCGAAGGACCAAUAAGGAGGUCCCAACUGCAGCCUCCUCUUAUGUGGACAGCGCACUGAGGCCUCUUCACCAGCUUCAGAGCACACACAAGGACAAGCUCCACCCCACAGUGAUGCAGCAGUGGUUACGGCAGGCUCUCUGCGAGAGCACUCACAAGUAUUUUGAGACCGUGUCAGAUGUACUCAACUCCGUAAAGAAGAUGGAGGAGAGCCUGAAGAGGCUGAAGCAAGCUCGGAGAUCCGCUGCCACCAGCCCUGCGGGUCCCAGUGGUGGUAUGAGCGAUGACGACAAGAUCCGGCUGCAGCUGGCUCUGGAUGUGGAGGGACUGGGAGAGCAGAUACAAAAGCUGGGCCUGCAAACUGGUGACAUUGAGAGCUUCCCGGCCCUCGCGGAGCUCGUCCUGGCUGCCAAGGACCAGGCAGCUGGAGAACAGCCUUAGCGCCUGGAGCGUCGGGAGAGCGUCCUCUCACCCCCGCUGCCCAAGGCCCUCCCAGCGUCGAGGGGGGUCUUCUUUCACGUAGAAAGAGCCAGAAGCCUUUUUCCAUUGUAUGGAAGGUAGUUUUUAAGACAUUUAAAACUUUUUACUAUAGUUUACAGACAAAUUAUUUUUAUUGUAAAUCUCAGUGUGGAAGAGCUGAUUUCUGCAGUAGGAUUAAAUAAAUGUGAUCCAAGUACAAGAAAGUGCUGGUGGCGGAGAGGUGCCUGCGGGAUGUGGGCACACAGCCACAGUGUAAGGAGCAGCGUCACCCCUGUGUCCAAAAGGUUGCUGUGCCCCCUUCUCACAUCCUGUCUCAGUCAGUGCAGAGGAAUGGCACUUCAGACCCUGUGCGUCCCUGGGAGUCAGCCCAGCAGGCAGCUGCAUUUCCUAAAUAAAAGAGAUGUGUGCCUUCUGUGCGUUCAGCACGGGUGCGUCCCUCAUGCCAGUGCCCCCCGGUGACAGUGGGAGUUCGGUAUGAGCAGCUACCGAGGCGCCUUCCAGAGCCCCAGGAGGAAAGCAGAGCUGUGAGGGCCUCCGGGUGGCUGCUUGGUUCCCUUGCACCCAGCGGCUCUGCCUCCUCACUGGCUUCAGAGUAGGGGAGGGGGCAGUUCACAGCCCCCGAUUCAGCAUUGUCCAUUCUACAGAAGGAACAAAGGAGGUCGCUGAGUCACUAGUGAGUUUAAACCAGUCUGCUGCCUGCCAGUCUUCCCCAGCUCCCAGCACAGACAAGUCAGCGGUCCACAACGCGGACCCCUCCACCUCAGGCCUGGCCCCGACUCAAGGGUCACCUUCAGGCUUGCCUCUCAUGGGAACCCACCAUGCGGCCACCUGCUUCUUGGCCUGCCAACAAGUUUCAGAACCACUCUGAAUUUGUGUUGCUCAUGAGUAUCACUUUUUUGAGUAAAGUGAUAGAGAUGAAGUG